AGGUGAAGGCGAGGAGCCCAAUGUGUGCAGGUUUUGCGGCAAGAUGUGCAGCAAUCGCUACAACCUUAAGAAGCACGAGCGAGACAUGCACUUGAACCGCGGCGCCAAGUUUGUAUGCGACCUCUGCAACCGGCAGUAUAGCUCGCUCAACAGUCUGCAGGUGCACCGCAGCAACUCCCAUCCGACAGGCGUCGUGCGAAGGCGUAGCUCCAUCGGUACCCGCGCAACUGCAAGCUCCGAUCCCACUGCCGCACCCGCAGCAGAUGAUCAAGUUCCAGCCGGACGAGUACCCGCCGCCGCAACCCAUGCGGGAGGACCUGCUGCACCAGCCGCCCCCGGUCUUCGAGGUGGACGCAGACCCCUCCGACGCCGCGGCCAUCGCUGCGCUCUUCAGGAAGACCCUGAGGACCUAAUCGGUUUCCAUGUGACUGCCGCUCUUCGCGGGGAUUCGAGAGCGCUGAGGAGUCUGGCUGGUUGCGUCCUGGUGGAUCGCGCGCUCCUUUCCGAUGCGCUGGAGAACGAUACUCUUGUAUAAACUCGUUUUAGGCCUUUAGGCUCGAUCUGUUCCUAGUCGUGAGAGGUUUUUAAGUAUUAGUCAUAAAGGUUGUAUGGACUUUGUAUACUUGUAAGUUAAGCUCUUUUGGUUCUAAAAAGACAUUGUGUUGGCGUCUUACGAAGCAAAUCAGUGUGUUGUUUUACUUCUGUUUUCAGCAAUUUACUUUUAAGCACGAACGAAAGCGAACGUAUCAUUUACAUGUAAGAGUCUUUUGUAUAGAUCUUAUAGUCUCGUACGGAUGUAUCUUCUGCUUGUAGUUAUAAGUAACCCUUUUCAGUCACACUAAUUUUAUCUUUUAAACGGAGGAAGACUUAUUUUUAUAACACGCAAUGAAGAAGUCUUCAGAAAGGAAUUGUCGGAUACCGUUUACAAGAUGAGUCCAGGUGUGACUGCUGUGAUUUGGCAAUCGUAUUUAUUUUGCAAUAGUAAUGUUUAUUUCCCUAUUCUGUUUUGGGGGUUGCGAGGAGGAUGGUGCUAGAGGGCGGGAGGGUGCUAAUAGGUGUAAGUGGAAGGCAGUCGAUAGAGAUAAGCCCAUGAGAAGGUCCUGUCCGUAGAUUGGUGUUAGUGGGAGUAAGAGGGAUGGAGUGGGAGGACGAGAGCCCCGCCCUGCACGAGUGGUGUGAGGGCGGCCCCUCCCCUCAAGGCGUGUCUCACCCCCUGGUCGGCUGUUUCAGGCGGAGGCGGAACGCUCCUGCAGGCGCCAGGUGUCUCCCCGGAGUUUGAAGUUGUGCCGCCCGUGUGUGAGCUCAUCACGCCCACACAGCCGCCUACCGUCACGCCCGCUCUCCAACAUCAGCAACCUCAGCCCGUCUCUGUGCAUUGUGGCUACGGCGCCCAUCACACUCCAGGAAUGGAAUCCCUCGGAAGUUCCCCCCACCUCGGUUACGCCUCCGACCCAGGCGCGGGGGGCGCUGCGACCACCCCGCUCACGGCACUCGGCUACACGCCGCCCGCAGGCCGGACACGGCUCGCUACGGGGGAGGAGGUGGCCUGUGGUGUGUGCGGGAAGGUCCUGUGCAACAAGUACGUCCUUAAGACACACCUCCGGGACAUGCAUGGCCCGCGCCAGAGCAUGCAGUGCCCCGUGUGCCGCCGCAUGUACGCCUCCCUCAACUCCCUGCGGGCUCACAUGAGUGGCACUCACAAGAAGCACCAAGUGCCGCAGGUGCCACAGCGGUACUAAAAGGGGGGAGGCAGCCGGAGGUUGGCUCCUGCAGGGGAACGAGGAAGACCGUAGACUGGCAGAGCGAGAGAAGAGCGAGAGACGCGGUGCCGAGGAAUAGCGAGCGGAGCAGGAGACAGAAUCUCGGAACAAAAAGACACGGUGGAUUCCGAAACCUAUUCUCGGAGUUUAUUUAUGAUCCACUCUCAGUGGCGGAAACUUGUUCAUAGUUGACACUUUAUUUAUUUUACUGAAACUUUCUUUUUUCAGGGAAACUUUUGUAAUAUCAGUAUUUUUCACAACUCAUAAGAGAUUGUAAAAGGAAUUGAGGGGAGAGUUUGGCCUGGAGAAACAAAGAACUUGUACGUAUGCAAGAAACUUUCGCUAGAGGUUUGUUGCAUAUCUUAUAAGAAUCUGUAAAGUUGGGCAUUUUGUGGGAUGUACAAACCACUGCCUCGUCGACAUGUAUUAUUUAACUUAUUUUAUUUAUUUACCAAUGUGUGUACAGCACCUUGUGGCGUCCGUCAGGGAUUGUACAAACCGCAAUUUGUAGAACAUGAGAAACGAGAAGUACUUACUGGGAAUGUGACUGUGUAAUCGGGUGAAUGCGCCAGUAGUGUUUUUCUUGCUGUGUAUUACUUCAUAAGGACACUUGAAAGAGCGACACCAAAAUUCCCGGCGUCGUCCAGCAUACGUGUGAUGCGACGCCUGUCUUGUUCACAGUGGCAAGGAGGAACCGUACUCUUCACACUGCCGCCUCACCCGCACGCCGGUUGGGAUGUUAUUUUAUUUUACGCUGUAUCAUAUACGAUUCCAGUGCUGGAAUCUUGAGUCCCGUGUAGGCGGCCGCACGUGUACUCCCUGAAUGUGCACAGACGGAGAGAGCUCACAGUGACAUCACACGCAUCUAGUGAAAACACAUAUACAUACAUACACACACUCUUGCACUUAAUUGCACUUUACCCACAUAUCUUAACAAGGCCUGUACUUAA